AUCAGAAAUACAAUCAGUGACACUCUCAUGUUAGCUGCAAGGUCUGGCAUUGUUGAAGUUAUAGAUGUGAUUUUCAAGGAAUUCCCAGAGUCUAUCGAGUUUCUCGAUAAGAAUGGGAAGAACAUAUUUCAUUUAGCAGCAGAGUAUCGGCAAGUAGGAGUUUUAAAGCUUUUGAAAACAAGGGGCUUUCUUACAACUAAAAUGGUUGCGGAUGUCGACAAGAUGGGAAACACAGCUUUGCAUCUUGCAGCAGAGUAUGCUGAUCAUGUUCAAGAACAGAUUUUGGGCCCAACAGCACAAAAGUUGUGGCGAGAGACGUUCUGGUUCAAGCAAGUACAGGAUGCUUCCCUAGUCCACCUAUUUCAUCUUCGAAAUUACAAAGGCAAAACAGCAGAUGAGUUAUUCAAGGACACCCACAAGAGCUUGUUAGAGAGCAGCUCGUAUAAGGUUCAGGAAAUAUCAGAGAAUAGCAUGUUAAUCUCAACCUUAAUUGCAGCCAUUAACUUCACUGCAGCAUUUGCUGUUCCUGGUGGUUAUGACCAGGAAUCUGGUCUCCCUAUUUACGCUAGAAUGACAAGUUAUUUCCCCACAUUUUAUGUAUAUGCUUCAGUAGCAUUGUUUUUCUCCCUUGUAUCCAUAACUGGCUGCUUAUCCUCUUACCUAUCUCGCUUUCAUUGGAAUGACUUUUACCUUAUCUUGCCACUCAAAUACCUUAUUGUAGGCAACUCUGUCCUCUUCUCAGUGAUCUAUACAGUUUUAGCAUUUAUACAAGCUAUUUUACUUGUGACAAAUGCCGAAUUUAAAGUCAUGGAAUUUGCGCUUGGAGUUUUAGCUGUCAUAGUUGUUAUUGCAGUAGUCAUCCUUAUCUAUGUAGAUGUAAUGUUUCCACCCUUUUGCUACAUCAUAGAUAGGCUUUUGUACUCUAUUUCUUACCAAGACAAGAUGAUGUAGGAUUUACUAGUUGAGUGUU